GGCAGAUGUCAGAAGCCCCCCACGGCAGAAGUCCACCAAGACAUGCGGUACCUGCGAAAGUGAUUACGGGUACCCCAUCCAUUUGUUAAUGCAUGUGAAGCUCAAUGCCGAGACCCUGCUCGGACCUUGUAUGCACGCUCUCUGAGGCGGUGACGGCCGAUGCUGUCACCGUCCUGUCACAUCCUUCUACCUCUGUUCUACUUCUUCUUCCCUUCUCAUUCGUCCACGUUCUUCUUCGCCUUCUCAUCCGUUUCUGCAGCACGUGCUUGGCAGCCCAGCCUGCAUAUGCAUUUAGUCAAGAUUACGGCUGUCAUCACGAGCCCUCGGUUGCUUGUGAAACACACGCAGCUCAGCUCCUCCAGAAGCUCGAGUAAUAACGCCGACUCGGCAUCACUUCGCCACACCCAAACUAAUGUGCAUAAUGGACUACAUCGAAAGGCUGAAAAUUUUUCAUUUCCCUUUGCGCCCAUCUUUUCUCCUCUUGUAAGCUGCAAAGCACGUGUAGCUAAUGCAAGAGCGCAAAAGUUCCGGCGACAAUGAAUGCAAAUGUUCCGGUUGAUCUAGGGUAGGAGGGCUAGCACCGGAGGCUA